GACGAACAUUGGCGACCAGAACAUUGAGAAAGUGCUCGUGCCGCCGCGCUAGAUUUCGCUGUGUCCUCACAUGCAGCUAGAUAUCUCUAGUGAAUCUGUAGAUCCAAAGACGGCUUCAGUAACCAAAUGCCAUGAAAAAUCAAUGGUGAGUGUUGCCGACUAGGAAUCGCAGAUGAGAGAAUAUCAGAUGCUCAAAGCAGGAGAAAUUCUAUAAAGACUCCCUCCUCUCCCACCUCAAGUCAAGUUCUAACCUCAUCAUCAAGAUCACAUCUUCCUCCUCCACAAAGCAAACCAAAACCAACCAGCACUCGCUUAGGCAACAUCUCACUUCACAUUCACUUCAAUCAAUUCUUCAACUCCCACAUCCACCCCCCAUCAAAAUGCAGAUCUCCAAACUCUUCACCGUCCUCCUCAUCGCCAUGGGUGUGGCCGCCGCCCCUGCCGCCAACCCUGAGCCAGCUCCAGGCGCAGCUCUUGAAGCCGGCGCUCCUGUCGAGGAGCGGAACCUCCACAAGUGCGGCAAGGGCUAUACAUACAGCCACAAGAAGAAGCAGUGCAUCCCCAAGAACCAGUGCAAGAAGAAGUACUACAAGAAGAAUGUGAGAAGGAGCCUGAAGCAGCGCACCCACCAUGAUAGUGACUCCGACUAUUCGAGCUGCAGCGACAGUGAUUAUUAG